UGAACUUACUGAAAACUUUAUCUUGUCAGGCUCUUAUCUUUUCUUCGCAAUUCACACCUAAUCUAAAGAAUUGAAAGCUUUGUUCAACUUUGAAUCAAUCACCUAUGAGAACCAAUUUGUUGACCAAACAUGUUUGUGCAGAUUUUUCUGAGUUGGGAAAAGUCUUGAAAGCAUGUUAAUAUGUAGACCUUGCAAGGCAAACUGUUUCUUCGGCUGUGUUAGCUCCUUUUCUAUUAUUUGAUGUAUUUUAGUGGUUGGUUUUGUCAAAAACCAGCAAAAAGCGUGUGCCAUUUGACAAUUGACCCACUGUUUUACUUUCAUAGUUUAAUGUAGUAGAAAGGGCACUACAUGGUCUCAACUCAACCAAUGAAAAUGUCCCCUACAUGUGUAGCCAAAUUAUAACACUAUAGAAUUUGAUAAGGCUCAGUAUUCUUAGCCUAGAGAUAUGGCUUUGGCAAGUUCUAUUGGAUUCAUCAUGUUACUGAUGCUUUGCAUUCAUCUCUUAGUUUUAGUACAUGCCCAGGAACAAAGAGGCUAUAUAAGCAUUGAUUGUGGUAAUUCAAUGAAUUUUGAGUACACAGAUGAUACUACUAAAAUAAGGUACAACCCAGAUGGGGCAUACAUACAAACAGGGGUUAACAAAAACAUCUCCUCUGAGUAUGCAUACCCAAACAAUCCCAUUCUGCCACAACCACUCUCAGAUCUCAGAAGUUUCCCUCAGGGAUUGAGGAACUGUUACAGGUUAACUGCAGGAAGUAGAGGGAGUUUACAUUUAAUCAGGGCUUCCUUCUUGUAUGGGAACUAUGAUGGAGAAAACAAGCUCCCAGAAUUUGAUCUGUAUGUUGGUGCCAGAUUCUGGUCAUCAGUGAAAUUCAGAAAUGCUUCAGAGGAAGUUACAAUGGAAACAAUCAGCAAGGCAGAGUCAGAGGUGACAAGUGUUUGUCUGGUGGACAAGGGAACAGGAACUCCAUUUAUCUCAGGAUUGGAACUUAGACCACUUAAUAGUUCCAUUUAUGAUACUGACUUUGGGGAAUCUGCUUCACUUUUGCUUUAUAAAAGAUGGGAUUUUGGGUCAACCAAUGGAAGUGGUAGAUAUGAAGAUGAUAUUUAUGAUAGAAUUUGGUUCCCUUACAAUUCCUCUACCUGGGAAUCUGUCAGCACUUCUUCAGAGAUAAAUGUCAAUGGUGAUGGCUAUAGAGCUCCAUUUGAAGUCAUCAGAACUGCUGCUAGACCAAGAAAUGGCAGUGAUACUUUGGAAUUUUCAUGGACCCCAGAUGAUCCAAGUUGGGAAUUUUAUGUCUACUUGUACUUUGCUGAAGUGGAGCAUCUUCACAAAAACCAACUUAGAAAAUUCAAUAUAUCCUGGAAUGGUUCUCCUUUAGUUGAAUCCUUUGUACCACAGUACUUGCAAGCAACCACUCUUUCUAAUUCAAAACCCUUGGUGGCGAAUAAACAUAGAAUUUCUAUACACAAAACAAAAGAUUCAACCCUUCCACCCAUUCUUAAUGCAGUUGAGAUUUAUGUAGUAAGACAACGGGAUGAACUUCCAACAUUUGAACAAGAUGUUGAUGCUGUGGUGUGCAUAAAAGAAAGUUAUAGAAUCCAAAGAAAUUGGGUAGGUGAUCCUUGUGAGCCAGAGAACUACAAUUGGGAGGGCUUAAAAUGCAACUAUAGCACUUCACUUCCUGCCAGAAUCAUAUCACUGAACCUGAGCUCAAGCAAUUUGAAUGGAGUGAUUACUACUGCCAUUUCCAAUCUCUCCUCAUUGGAAUCUUUGGAUUUAUGCAACAAUAGCUUAACUGGACCAGUGCCUCAGUUUCUGGAAGAAUUGAGGUCCCUUAAAUAUUUGAAUUUAAAGGGCAACCAACUUUCAGGUUAUGUCUCUGACACUCUUCUAGACAGAUCAAAUGCUGGAUUACUUACACUGAGGGUGGAUGAUAAAAACCUGCAUGUCGAUAAGAGUGAUAAAAAGAAAAUUGUUGCUGCCGUAGUCGCACCAAUAUCAUUGGUUUUAGUUCUUUUGGUUAUUAUCAUUCUCUAUCGGAAGAUUAGAAGAAAUGAACAAUCAGAUAAGGAGAUGAAUAAGCCCAACAAAGGAGGAACAACUGUAGCAUCAAAGAAGUGGCAAUACACUUAUGCUGAGGUGUUGAACAUCACAAGCAACUUUGAAGUGGUUAUUGGGAAAGGAGGAUUUGGAACUGUGUUCAGUGGUCAGAUGAAAGAUGGCAACAAAGUUGCAGUCAAGAUGCUCUCUCCAUCAUCAGCUCAAGGGCCAAAGGAAUUUCAGACUGAGGCUGAGCUCUUGAUGACAGUUCAUCACAAAAAUUUGGUUUCCUUUGUUGGUUAUUGCGAUGAAGAUAACAAGAUGGCACUCAUAUAUGAGUACAUGGCCAAUGGCAACCUGAAAGAGUGUCUCUCAGAUAAAAGUUCACAUUGCCUGAGUUGGGAAAGGAGACUCCAGAUAGCAAUUGAUGCCGCAGAGGGAUUGGAUUACCUGCACCAUGGAUGCAAGCCACCUAUAAUACAUAGGGAUGUGAAGUCAGCCAACAUUCUUUUGAGUCAAGACUUAGAAGCUAAGAUAGCAGAUUUUGGCCUCUCCAAGGUGUUUAGGAUUGACAACCAAAAUGCAGAAUCACCAUUGAUUAAUUCUAAUGGUGAUAGAAGUCCAAAAUCUACACCCAUGGGCACAACAGGGUACCUUGACCCAGAGUACUUCAAAUUACGGAACUUGAAUGAGAAAAGUGAUGUAUUUAGCUUUGGAAUUGUUCUAUUGGAAUUAAUCACUGGUCGACAUGCAGUACUAAAAGGUAACCCAUGUAUGCACAUACUUGAGUGGCUAACACCUGAGCUUGAAGGAGGUGAUGUGAGCAGAAUUUUGGACCCAAGGCUACAAGGAAAAUUCGAUGCAAGUUCUGGAUGGAAAGCUUUAGGAAUAGCAAUGUCAUGCACUGCACCAUCCUCCAUUCAGAGACCUACCAUGAGUGUUGUGUUAGCAGAGCUAAGACAGUGUUUUAGAAUGGAGUCGCCUAGUGAUAGGGAAAUAUUUGUGGCCCCAAGACCGGUCUGUAAUGAAUUUUACAGUUCAACUGAAGCAUGUUCCUUAGAUAGUGAAUCUUUCACCUAUCCUUUCCCAAGGUAAAAUGUAUAUUGAGCCACUGGAAGGUCUUUAAUUAAAUUGUAAAUCUUAUGAAACAAUAAGAUGAAAGAUAUUUUCGUUUA